GGCGGCACGUCGGCCAGGCCUCGGGCGGGCUUCAGGGGGACGAAAAUGGCUAUGGCCAGUGAUUUCUACCUGCGCUACUACGUAGGGCACAAGGGCAAGUUUGGACACGAGUUCCUGGAGUUCGAGUUUCGGCCAGACGCAGUUUUUGCUGUUAUAGAUUGAAUUUUUUUCCACUCCCCACAGGAAAGCUUAGAUAUGCCAACAACAGCAAUUACAAAAAUGACGUCAUGAUCAGAAAGGAGGCUUAUGUACACAAGAGUGUAAUGGAAGAACUGAAGAGAAUCAUUGACGACAGUGAAAUUACAAAAGAAGAUGAUGCUUUGUGGCCUCCCCCUGACAGAGUUGGCCGACAGGAACUUGAAAUUGUAAUUGGAGAUGAACACAUUUCUUUUACCACAUCAAAAAUAGGUUCUCUUAUUGAUGUAAAUCAGUCAAAGGAUCCUGAAGGCCUUCGAGUAUUUUACUACUUGGUACAGGACCUGAAAUGUUUAGUUUUUAGUCUUAUUGGAUUACAUUUCAAGAUUAAACCAAUCUAAGUUGUAUGUUUUUUUAAAAGCUGUUUUUAUAUUUAAUUAAGGGAUGGGUUUGUCAUUUACAAUAUUGGGAUUUUUAUAAAUGUGAAACUCUUGUUUUGUAUGCCCACUGAAAAUAAGAAAAUACAUAAACAGGCUUAAUGGUUAUUCUCACUUGGCUCCAAGUGGUUUAGAUAGUCCUCACACAUAUUAAAUUCUGUAAAUGAAAGCAACUUUUUGUUGAGAUUUUGCUCCAAUAAAACAUAUCAAAGCCUG